AUGGGAGACCAGCAGUCCACCCAAGAUCGAACCAAACUGAGAGGCCGUCUCAAGGACACUCUGAAGGCAACAUUCGCCCUGAAAUCCCUCCAUGAUUUGCACCGAAAGACGCCCUACCUCGUGGACCCGGACCACGCCAUGAAAGCCGCUCUCGUGAUGUCCUGGGGUAAACCGCCACAGUAUAUCUCAAUCCCUGAUCUUCCGCCGCCGUCACCUACACAGCUCCAGCUAAAGGUUCUCGCUACGAGCGUGACACGGGUUGUCCGAAGCCGAGCCGCCGGCGCGCACUCUACAACUUUCAAGGCACCGUUACCCCAUGACCCCAGCGUUGACGGAGUCGGAAUCGACGAGAUCACAGGCGACAUGUACUACAUCACCCAGCUUGCGGCACCGCUCUUUGCUGAACGAGCUAAUGUCAACCUACGACAUGUCAUAAAGCUUGACCCUGGAACCGACCCUGUCAAGGUCGCGGCACUAGCAAAUCCGGUGUCGUGCAGCUGGAUGACCCUGCAAUGCCGUGUCAUUGGUGGCUGCCAGGGACGAACGGUACUGAUCAUCGGCGCGACAAGUGCUAGUGGGAGGUGUGCAGCGAUCGUCGCGCGCUCACUGGGCGCCGCUCGCAUCAUCGGCUUGUCGCGCAAUGAAGACACUCUGGCCGCCGUGGAAGGGCUCGACGAUCGCGUCGUGCUCCGGGAGCCCUUUGCCCUCCCUCCACGUGUGGGGCCGGUGCAUAUCGUGCUGGACUACAUUGGCAGCGGUCCUGCUGCUUCGGGCAUUCUGCAGACAGCUCAGGGCGUGCGUGGAGAAAACUUGCAGUACAUCCAAGUGGGGAAUGUUGCGGACCGUCCGCAUAUCUUUGACGUGGUGCCUAGUUACCUGAUCAACCACCGACCCAUUUGCAUCCUGGGCACUGGAAUAGGUUGCUUCACUGUGGAGGAUUGGAGGAGAGAACUGCCGGAAAUCAUGAAGAUGAUUAACCAAAUGCAGAUCCCAUUCCCGAUCUUCACUGUUCCUCUGAGUGAUGUUGCGUCUGCAUGGGAAUCUGAGGACACUUUGACCAAGAGAUUGAUUCUGGUGCCCGGUGCAUGA